AUGGACGGACGUAGCACGAAGCGGUCUCGCUUUGACCAGACCGAGCCGGAGCCUCGCCGUCCUUCGAGAUUCGACCGUCGAUCCCGUUCGCCGCCGGGGCGCAAGCCCGACUCGGAUCGCGAACGUGAGCGCAGCCCUCUUUCUCGGCCUCGCGACGCGCCCACCGGUCCCAAGUCCCCAGUUGAUCCCGCUGCUGCUGCCGCCGCCGCCGCUGCCAAGAUCAACGCUCAGCUACAGGCCCGCAAGGGCAUCCAACAUGUAGAUGUCCCACCCGUCCGGUCCGCGUCGUCCGGCAAAGAAGGAAGCGCCGGACCUGCCCUCAACGGGGAGGUGUAUGUUGCCGAUGGCGACUUUAUCAAGGACAUCGAAGUGAACGAUCUGCGCAACCGCUACCUUCUGACCAAAGGCUCGACCCAGAAAAUGAUUAAAGAUGAGACUGGUGCCGAUGUCACCACUCGCGGAAGCUACUUUCCCGACAAGUCGAUGGCCACGCCGGCGAACCCUCCUCUCUACCUCCACGUAACGUCCACGACCAAGGAAGGCUUGGACAAGGCAGUAGCCAAGAUCGAGGAGUUGAUGAAGCAGGAACUCCCCCAACUUGUCGAUGAGCGCCGCUUUCAGCGCCGCCACAACCCCGAGCAGCCGCCGGUCGAGCGUGACGAGUUUGGCCGACGCAAAUGGCCCGAGGAGAAGAUAGCAAUCACGCUCGAGUCGGUCCCAGGUUUCAACCUGCGCGCUCAGGUUGUUGGACACGGUGGCGCAUACGUCAAGCAUAUCCAGUCGGAAACUGGGUGCCGUGUUCAGAUCAAGGGCCGCGGGUCCGGAUACAUCGAAUCCUCCACGGGCCGUGAAAGCGAAGAGGACAUGUACCUCCAUGUUGCCGGCCCCGAUCCUCUCAUGGUCAAGAAAGCAAAGGAGCUCUGCGAGGAUCUGUUGGACAACGUAAAGCAGGAGUACGAAGCAUUCAAGAGUCGGCCUCCUCCUCAGCGACAUUACAACGGCGGAGGUGGUGGUGGUGGUGGCUACGGCGGCGGUCGAGGUGGUGGCGAUUCAUUCCAUGGUCAAGCAUACAACCGCGACAGUCACAGUCACCACAACAGCAGCCACAGCCAAAGUCAUAGUUACAGCAACUCCCCUGCCCCUCCGGCAGCCUCUUCUUCGGCAUCUCCUGCACCAGCGGCCAGCACUCCCACAGCAACGAACCCGGCUGACUACGCCGCUCAAUACGCGCAAUACAUGCAGUACUACGGCAGCGCAGCAGCUGGUGCUGAUCCGUACGCGGCGUAUGGAGGGUAUGAAGCGUACAUGCGAAUGUACCAUCAAUGCAUGGCAAGCCAACCACAGCAAGCUCCCGCUGCCCCAGGUGCAUCUGCAUCUCCCCCUCCUCCUCCACCAAGCGAUGCGGCGCCUCCCCCACCGCCUCCUUCCUCGGCUCCUCCCCCUCCCCCACCAGGAGGACCCCCAGGCACCUCUGGUGGGAUGUACAGCGCGGUAUGA